AUGCCGGGGCGCGGCUGUUCCGACGCGAGGGCCACGCAGCUCGCCGCCGCCUUCGGGCUGGUGAGUACUCGCGGCAGGCAGCCGCUGUCGUGUUGGUGCAACAUUGCGCGGUGGAAGUGCGAAUAUGGGACAGGUGGCCGUGGCAGCGACUGCGAGCGAGGCCUGCUGCCGGUGCGGGCUGCUGUCACGCGGGGGAUGUGGAGCGCAAUGAGGCGCCUUCUAGAAUCCUGUGAGUGGAGCCUGGGACCCUGUGACGCCUUCUGCAAGCCUGCGACACGAGCCGUCGCGCCGACGUUCAAACUGCUGCGCGCGGCGCGGCGCGAGGGCCGGCCGCCGCCCACGUGCUUCAUGGUGUACUUCGCGUGGCUGCUGGCGGCGCUGCUCGACGUGGUGCUGGACGCGGUCUUCAUCCCGCACUACGCGCUCGACAUCUCCCACGCCAAGGGCGCGCGCAACGUGAUGCGGCUGCUGCAGGUGAGCGCGCUGACGGCGGGGUGGCCGCAGGCGCUGCCUCCGUGGGCGGCGCGGGCGCCCGCGCUGCCGCCCGUCGUCCUGCUAGUGGUGGGGUCGCGCGUGGCGCCCUUGCUGUGGGUGGCGGAGGGCGCGGCGGUGGGGCGGGUGGCCGCCGCCGCGCGCCGCCUCCACCAGCGCCGCCGCCAGAUGCUGCGCCGCAGCGGUCGCGGCUCGCAG